CUCAGGCAUGUUGUCUUGCAAGCAUUCUACCUGGUUACGAUUACUGAAGUCAAAGGAGUCUCACGCAAAUCAUGCACCAUACCGGCUUGAAGUCUCCAGACGACCCACGCAAUUGCUAGAUAGUCUGCAGCGUCCAAAAGAACAGUGUCCUUUGUUUGUUGUAGUCGUUGGAAAUGCGAUCAAGGCCCGCAUACUCGCCACGCUUGGGGUCGAAGCUCCACGGGUCACAAGUGGUGAGAUACAACUAUUCACGUCGCCUUCGACUGUCACUGAUAGAAGGCCGUUGUUGGUCGCAAGCGCGGACAUACCUCGGAAGCUGGCUCAGAGUGGGAAAACCUUCAAAUGUCAUGACACUUCCAUUCGAACCCCAUCCUUAGAUGGCCAACAUAUAGACAGACCUAUCGAUUUUGCAAGCCUGAUACAUCAUCACAUCCUAAUGCCAUUCAGUGAUGUCAUUUGCGUUAUCGCGAAAGAUAUAGGUGGAUGGACCAAAGUGGUCGAACUCAUGAAGGCCUGGGUCAAACUAGAUAAACCAACAGAACACGGACCCUUUGCCUGCCUCGUUGUGGUUUUACAUGGCGAGAUGAGCAGCCAUGUUUCUGAGAAUCUCAUGAAAAAGCUGCGGUGCUACUUUUCUGACGUUCGGUUCCAUAAAGUCCCUAACGGUGCCGACGAGACACAACAAUAUGUCAAGCUUAAAAACAAGCUGCUAGCGAUCGGCAAAGAGGGUCAACUGCUGAAAGAAAAACGAAAGUUUCUGUUUUCUGCGCAUCAUCUUGCCGGCUUCCUUGACUUUGCUGGCGAAUCUGCAAAUCUAGAAAGGAAGCAAGCUCUGGACCUCAUCCAUCUAUCCAGGAGCGGGUUAUCCAGAAUAGAGGACAUCGAAGCGCAUGUUGCAAGAUUUGUUGGCAGCGUGGAUUCAUUUCAAGUUUUGAAAUCCUUCGUCAUUCCUGUCAUAUCGUCCUGCUUUAUACUGCAUCAAUACCCUCCUGGGAUGCAUGUCUUUGGGAUUGAGGAUGUGUUUAGAUCAAUAUAUAAAAAGAUCUGUCAGAAGGUGUCCUGUGGAGUAACGCUGGUGGCUGAAGAGGCAGAGUGCUUUCUUGAUCAAUCCUCUUUUGUGGCGCUGGUACAGCGGGAGCUUCGUCUACAAUACAAUCGGUUUUUAACUCUCCAAUCAGCGGCUGAAGCUCACAAACGACUGAUGGGAAGGUUUUCUGGCCACUGGUCGAAGCUGCGGUCACAUGAAACUUGCUUUAGCUGUGUUGCACGCAGGCCUCAGUUUGGUCUUUCCUGCGGACAUUCCGUUUGCGAGAACUGCGUAAGAGUUUUUGGGAACAAAAACGACUUGAAUCCGUGGGUCUACCAUGUCGAUCAAUGUUUCAUAUGUGGGGCUGGUGUCGGAAGUCUGGCAAUUCGGGUGCGACCCGAAAAUGCUAGUAUACGUGUUCUAAGCAUUGACGGAGGAGGCGUGAGAGGUGUCGCUCCGUUACAGUUCUUGCGGACACUGCAAGACCAGCUGCGGCUCCCCAACUACCCAAUCCAGCGCCACUUUGACCUGAUCUACGGCACUAGCUCCGGAGCGAUCACGACGGCGGGCCUCGUCAUGAAUGGAUGGGACAUUGAGAAAUGUCUGGCAACCUUCAAGCAGCUGUCUCAUACGGCAUUCCAGCGACGAGCAAGCCUCAAAAUACCACUCAUCUCCGCCGUCUUGCAAUUCCUAAUAUCUAUAAUAUGUGACGGCCGAUACCCCCCUAAGAAUCUCGAGUCUGUGCUCCAGAGAGUGUUUGGGAGGAAAGGCAUUUUGGACAGUUCGGCCGAGAGCGAGAUGGGAAUCCUCGCCGGAAUCAUCGUCACAAGCAUCAAAGACACCAGCGCGUCUGUUUUCACCAAUUACAACGCUGUUGGCAAUCGCAAGAAUCACUGCGACUACAGUGUGAUGACAACUGACCCUGCCGCCCGCCCGCUUUUAUGGGAGAUUAUAAGAUGCGCCACCGCAGCCCCAUUCUAUUUCCGGCCACGGCAUAUUGCAGGUGUCGGGACGUUUCAAGACGGAGGCCUGCUCUACAACAAUCCGGCUUCGAUAGCACUACAUGAAGUGGGAGCUUUGUUCCCGAACACUGGAGACCCCAGCUUGUUUGUUUCAUUGGGAACAGGCUGUCCUUUGCGAGGCGGUCCGCAGAGAAGCUCUCGUUGCUUCUGGAAAGAUUCUUUCGUACCACGCCUGAUCAGGGCAUUUUGGAAGCUUGGCGACUCCGACAGGGCUUGGAAGCAGUUACUCAGUCAACAGACCAUCGAGAAGUUCAAGAGUGGCUUUUUUCGAUUUGACGUGAAGUUUCCUGGUGCAGAACCCCAUUUAGAUGAUCUUUCGAAAAUGGAAGAAGUAGAAAAGGCAGCCCAAGAAACGAUGUUACAAUCUCCAGAGCUGAACGACUUGGUCUCUCGCAUCCGUGCCGAGCUCUUCGUCUUCACCCUAGAUGGAGAUGCCAUCCCAUACCGAGCGGAUAACCAGUAUGAAUGCACAGGUAGCAUAUCAUGCCGAUUGCGGGCUAACACGGCCGCGUUUGAUGCUCUGAUGACACAGUUGAAUGAAGAAGCUGCUUUUCUGCAAAUCAACAAUGUCACACUACCGGGUAAUCUUUGGAAUGGCUCUUGCAGCGAUGCCAACGGCAAUUUCCGUAAGCAUGUGAAGAUUCGGGUCUCCAGAUUGGACGAGCCCUUCCAAGUUUGCUUACAUGAAGGCUCAGGGGCAGGAUGCCACAUAAGCGGCUCGCCAUUCACAAUUCAAAAAUCGGCUGAAAACCAGAAAUUAGGUGCAAGAUUUGGAACAAUCGACCACCGUAGAAGCGUGACAGAGGAUUCAAAUGAGGGCCGUCGUAAACGCCAACGAAUCAAGUGAGUGAGGGAAAACAGAGCCAAUUCUGUAUUGAGUUCAUGAGUGGAAGGAGAUUACUGUGCGGAAUCUUAUUCCACAAAUGUUUGUAUUAGCUAGCUAUAAGCCAUUUAUGAGUUCCCAACGUCCAGAUUAUGCUUUCCAUAGCCUGAGGAUAUAUACCGUAUACAGACAACUUGCUCUCGUCCAGCUGUGAAACCAGGUCUGACGGAGCCCAGACCAUUGGAACCAUGUCAUGGCACUGCAUUUAUAGGCACACAGUGCAGUACUUCUAUCCCGACAAGCGAUCCUCGUCUAACACUAGCUGCUAUGUUUGGACCACAGAAUAUAGAAAGUCUAGGCGGAAGUCCGAACGACAUGAGCCAGCACUGACUACGAAACAGACCUCAAGACCUAGAAUCCAUGACAAACACACAAUGGAUGAGAUCAGAGUACAGAAUUAUUUAAUCCACAAACGACCGUGCACACGCUCCAAAAAGCCAGUUGUCAAAACUGUGAGGUUCCAGCUCCCGGCAGAUUAUCGAGCUAAGGUUAGGAGGCGGUACGAGAAAGAUUAGGCUGAAUUUUCUCGGUGAGGCAUUUGAGCUUGGUACACAGCUUUCUUGGAGAACGAUUCGUCUCUCGUAUUUCGUUUCAGUGUUACUUACUUUGCGUGUUUACGAUUUGCAUACCGUUCGUGUGACUGUUCUUCAGCAAAAAUAUUGAUCGGAUUCAGCCGU